AUGUCUCUGUCUAUUUCUGAGUUCCUUUUUGAGCAUGGCUCCUAUAUUGUACAUCAUAUCGCACUAGCAGCAAGAUCUCGGAGAGAACAUGAUCAUGCCCCAGUGGUAUUUUCCUCCCUCUUGGAUCGAGUAGACGAUCCACGAAUGUACGAGCAUGUCAGACAUAUUGUUGAAGAUCUUCUAAAAGCGCUGGAUAGAUUCAAGCAGACGUACUGUAUCCUAAUAUUGCGGUCUAUGUUGGCUUUCGUGACAGCUGUUGGAAGGUGGUAUCCGGAUCUGAAACCUGUAGAAGAGGUAUGA